CACUUUAAUCAGCUGAUAUUUAAUACUACAUAACCUAACUUUUUACUUGGGUUGGAGAAUUACGGAGAUUAUAUGAUCGAGUGCUUAUAUAAAUUACUAUUUAUAAUUCUAACACACGUGGCAUUUGAAAAAAGAAUCCAUGUCUUGGGUUAUGAAUUCUGUUCGAGCUGUCGUAAGCGCAUGGACACCACAGAUGACACCAGUACGGUUUCGCUAUUAUGCGGAUAAAAUAGCAAGAGGUCCCCUUAUACGGCGAUAUGGAUAUGAAGAUCCUAUAGAUAUGAAGGGCGUUCUACCACAUACGAACAACACUAAACGACUCCCGAUGCCGAUCUAUCGACCAGCGGACGCUUGGUCCGAAAAGAAGGCACUAUUCGGUCAGAAUGACUAUAUUGACAUAUUGGGCUCGGAUAACUUACAUCCCACGAAAAUUCUCUACAACGUACCCUCAUGGUUGAGAGGUGUCAGUGGCAACGAAUUUCAAGUUUUAUUGCGAAAGAAAAAAAUGUGGGCGAAAGGUAUAUUUCCAAUUGCAAGACCCACUAAGUGGAAACAGUUGGACAAAAGAAUACGUUAUCUCUAUAAAUAUUUGAAUCGUAAAACUAACAAUACAUAGAUCAAAACUAAGUAGAGCAAAUUAAGUUUAUGUCUUGCUGAAAUUUGAUACAAAUAAAUCUAAUGAAAUUCUAAUUUAAUUCUCAUA